CAUAACAGUCAACUCAUAACCUAGUAGCUAGUAUAAGUGUAUUAUCUAUGUAACCUAGCCUAUCUACUAUCUAGUAAUUAAUACAUACUGCCUAGCAAAAAAAAAAUUGUGGUUAUAACAUAGCACUCUGCUGCUCAAUACCUAGCAGCAGAGCAAAAUUAGCUAUACUUUACCCACCAGUUGUUCUGAUUUCAUAGCACAGAGUAAAUUAUCGCUUAUACAUUUAUAUUAAUUUCAUACUUCGUACCUCUCGCCUUCGUAGCGCGGUAUUUGCUAUUUUACGUGUGAUUCAUUAUAGAAGUAAAAAACGAAAAAUAUAAUUAAUGAUUAUUUUAAGUAAUUAAAAAAAAUCUUGUUUUACUUAUACUUACUUGGUAAUAUUAUACAAAAUAAACUAUUGAAUAUCAACAGUGAUCUAGGCCAUACAUAUAUUUGAAAGCAUUUACAAUAAUAUAAUGGGGAGUACUUCAAAAGCCUUAUCAUUUACUGUACAAUCAGAAUGCACAACAUCACGAGCUCGUGCUGGAAUUAUGAAAUUACCACACUACAAUGUCAAAACACCAGUAUUCAUGCCAGUUGGAACACAGGGAACAAUGAAAGGACUGUUACCGGAUCAGCUAGAAAAUUUAGAUUGUGAGAUCAUAUUAGGAAAUACAUACCACUUAGGAAAUAGACCUGGAGUUGAUGUAUUAAAAAAAGCUGGUGGUCUUCAUAAAUUUAUGAAUUGGAAAAGAGCUCUUCUUACUGAUUCAGGAGGUUUCCAAAUGGUUUCAUUAUUAAAACUAGCUGAGAUUACUGAAGAAGGUGUAAAGUUUAGAUCACCAUAUGAUAAUUCUGAAAUUAUGUUAACCCCUGAAAAAUCUAUUGAAAUCCAAAAUUACAUAGGUGCAGACAUAAUAAUGCAGUUAGAUGAUGUUGUACAAACAACAUUUCAAGAUUAUGAUAGAAUUAAAGUAGCAACCGAAAGAACUAGUAGAUGGCUUGAUCGAUGCCUUAAGGCUCAUAAAAGACCAGAUGAUCAAAACAUAUUUCCCAUAGUACAAGGCUUACUGAAUCCUGAAUUAAGAAGACAAAGUGCUCAAGAGCAUAUGACUAAAGAUGUCAAUGGAUUUGCAAUAGGAGGACUCAGUGGAGGUGAAGCAAAAGAUGAUUUUUGGCCAAUGGUCAGUCUCGGAACAAAAAUAUUGGAUAAACACAAGCCACGAUAUUUAAUGGGUGUAGGACUAGCUAUAGACCUUGUUGUCUGUGUUGCACUAGGAGUGGAUAUGUUUGAUUGUGUGUUUCCGACUCGUACAGCUAGAUUUGGAUGUGCACUUGUAAAUAAAGGACAGUUAAAUCUAAAACAAAAACAGUAUCAGACUGACCUCAAUCCAAUUGAUAAAAAUUGUGACUGUGCUACAUGUGAAAAUUAUACAAGAGCAUAUUUGCACUGCAUUGUUUCUGUGGAAACAGUUGCGUGCCAUUUAAUUUCUGUGCAUAAUAUCGCUUUCCAGAUGCGCCUGAUGAGAACAAUGAGAGAAAACAUUGAAAAUGGUACCUUCCCGAAAUUUGUCAAAGAUUUCUUCUGUGAAGUUUAUCCUGAUAAUAAUUUUCCAAAUUGGAUAGUAAACUCUCUUCAUUCUGUUGGAAUAGAUAUAAUAAAUACUUAAAAAUAACUUCUUAACUAUCCGUGCACCACAGUUAUUUAUAAUAAUUAAUCCUAAAACAUAACAAUAUCAGAAUUUACCCAUCCCGAGGGGUGGAUUAUGAUACUAUAUGUCAUAUUGUGAUUGUUUUGAUACCUUAUACUAAUAGCCAUAGUGACUAAAAAAAGUCAACUAUAUUGAAAUCACAGAUAAACAACAUUGUAUUUAAUGUUUCGAGGAACCAAUGCUGAAAUGAAAUAUGAAUCAACAAGUA